AUGCCUGAGAAGCAGCGAUUACUCAGUUUCGCACCAGCUUUGGCCCGUUGUACAGUAGAAGUGAGUUGAAUUGUUCAAGAAAUUAAAUUGUUUCGUAAUUUUAGGCUUCGUCUUACGGUACUUGCGUUGCACUGAAGGCCGAGAAAGUUCAAACAAAGCAGUGCCAAGAAGAGUUCGAUCGAUUGAUUACUUGUUUCCGUAAGAAUCUGAAGAAAUGAAGGUGAAGAGAGUAAAGAAAGCCAAAAAAAUACUCAACUUCUUCCAUUACAAAUACAAAUUCACAGAGCCUUACCGAGUAUUAUUGGAUGGAACUGUUUGUCAGGCGUCGUUGCAGAACAAGAUCAACCUGAGAGAACAAUUUCCAAAGUAUUUGGAUGGAGCUGUCGAACUAUUUACAACAAAAUGUGUGCUGGAUGAACUGGGUGAGUUGAUUUUAUAUUACUUUAUAAUAAUUGUAAGUUGUUGUUGACUGCUACUAUUAUAGAACGUCUUGGCAAAGAAGUUUAUGGAGCUCUGAAGAUUUGUCAGCAAUUUGAAGUUCUAAAAUGUCCCCAUCAACCGGCUAAAACAGCAACAAAAUGUAUUGAAUAUCUGGCCAGAAGAUCUCAGCAACCCGGGAAGCAGAGAGUCAUGGUGGCUUCACAAGAUGAGGAACUGUUGUUCAAGAUGAGAGACAUGGGCGGAGUGCCUUUGCUAUCCAUAAAAUUCAAUACCAUUUUAUUGGAGAAAGUAGGUUUAUAAAGUAAAUUAUAUAUUUUGCUCUUAGCCGUCAAAAGCAAGUUUAAAUGGAUUUGAAGAGAAGCCGGUAGAAUUAGAGAGGGUCGAGGACUUAAAGAAGAAAAUAUUGGGUGAUGGAGAAGGAGAAGCGAAAAAGAAGAAGAAGAAGAAAAAGAAAGGGAAGAAUCCAUUGUCAUGUCUGAAGAAAAAGAAUAAACAUCUCGAACAGAAGCCAAAGAAGUUAGAAUCAGAAGGAGAAAAGAAGAAAGCGAGACGAAAAAAGAAGAAAGAGGGCGCGCAAAAGAUGCCUCAAGGAGUAAAGGAUGGGCAAAGUUGA